GGGGGCGGAGGCCAGCGCGGACGGGACGGGGCGGGAGUCUUCGCAGCAACGUGCGCGGGGCCGCAGCGGCGCAGACACCGCCCGGGCCGCAGACACCUUCGCUCGUCGCUGCUGGCUCCGUGUCCCAGCCCAGCUCUGCGGUAGGCAGGAGGAGCGGCCGGAUCGCGACUCCGGAGUUCGCGGCCGUCGCCAGGCCUCCCGGAGCGGCGCCGACGCUCCCGCUGUCCGGACGCGCGACCCUGCGCCAGCGCCGCAGCCACCUGCUCGGAGUCCCCGGGCGAGCACAACCAUGCCUCCCACUACGGCGCUCUCCGCGCUGCUGCUGCUGCUACUGUCGCCUGCAUCUCACUCCCAUAAUGGAAAUGAGACUAGCACAUCUGCUAUCAAAUCUAGCACUGUCCAGAGCCACCAAAGUGCCACAACAUCAACAGAAGUCACAACUGGUCACCCAGUGGCAUCUACACUUGCUUCAACCCAGCCAAGCAACCCUACACCAUUCACAACCUCAACCCAAUCUCCAUCUAUGCCGACCUCCACCCCAAACCCCACGAGCAAUCAAAGCGGUGGCAAUCUGACUUCCAGUGUCUCCGAGGUGGACAAGACUAAAACAAGCUCUCCCAGUAGCACGGCCUUCACCAGUAGCAGUGGACAAACAGCCUCCUCUGGAGGCAAGAGCGGUGACAGUUUUACCACAGCCCCAACAACCACUUUGGGGCUAAUCAACGUCUCUUCUCAGCCUACUGACCUUAAUACCACCUCAAAGCUUCUUUCUACCCCCACAACAGACAACACAACAAGCCCUCAGCAGCCUGUGGAUUCUUCACCGAGCACAGCGAGCCAUCCUGUGGGGCAGCAUACCCCUGCUGCUGUUCCCAGCAGCUCUGGCUCCACGCCCAGCACUGACAACUCUACACUGACAUGGAAGCCCACUACACACAAACCAUUGGGCACCUCUGAAGCCACUCAGCCCCUCACCAGCCAGACACCAGGCAUCACUACAUUGCCCGUCUCCACACUGCAACAGUCUAUGGCGUCUACAGUGGGAACUACGACUGAAGAGUUCACACACCUCAUCUCUAAUGGGACUCCCGUGGCCCCUCCAGGCCCCAGCACACCCUCUCCCAUCUGGGCCUUUGGAAAUUACCAGCUAAACUGUGAACCUCCCAUAAGGCCAGAUGAGGAACUCCUUAUUCUGAACCUCACAAGAGCCAGCCUUUGCGAAAGGAGCCCUCUGGAUGAGAAAGAGAAACUCGUGGAACUGCUGUGUCACUCAGUCAAAGCGUCCUUCAAGCCAGCUGAGGAUUUGUGCACUCUACAUGUGGCCCCUAUUCUAGAUAACCAGGCGGUGGCAGUGAAGAGAAUCAUUAUCGAGACGAAGCUUUCUCCUAAGGCCGUGUAUGAGCUACUGAAGGACAGAUGGGAUGACCUGACAGAGGCCGGAGUCAGUGACAUGAAGCUGGGGAAGGAAGGGCCUCCAGAGGUCAAUGAGGACCGCUUCAGCCUGCCGCUCAUCAUCACCAUCGUCUGCAUGGCAUCCUUCCUGCUCCUUGUUGCUGCCCUCUACGGCUGCUGUCACCAGCGGAUCUCCCAGAGGAAGGACCAGCAACGGCUCACAGAGGAGCUGCAGACAGUGGAGAAUGGUUACCAUGACAACCCAACCUUGGAAGUGAUGGAGACUCCUUCUGAGAUGCAGGAGAAGAAGGUGGUCAACCUUAAUGGGGAGCUGGGGGACAGUUGGAUCGUCCCUCUGGACAACUUGACCAAGGAUGACCUAGAUGAGGAGGAAGACACACACCUCUGAUCUGUCUGCUGGCCACCCCAACUGCACUGCAGAGCUCCAGACCACCCAAAGUGCCAUUUGGACAGGGAGGGGGAAAUCUUCCCACCUGAAGACAGAAAGACUGGGGAGGGAGAAUGGACUCCGAAGGUUGUCUCCCUCCUCACAAUCCCUACAGGGCCUUAAUUUUCCUUUUCAAGUUCAACAAAGUCACAUUCUGUCUAGUUCCCUCAUGUAAAAUAACCUACUUGUGCCUGAGCCCAGAGCAGGAAGGCAGGAGGAAGAUGGAGAACGCCAUGCGAGUCUCUGGAGCUCCUCCAGGAACGGCACCCUCUCAUCUCAUAACUGAGGCCUUAAGAGGUCAGGUGACUUGCACGGGGCCACACAGCCCUUUGGUGACAAAGGUUGUUUCCCUCAGUCUGGUGCUUAAUUGCAUCCAGACACACUACUGUGUUCAUCUGUGCCCAUUCCCCAAGGCACAAGACACUUGCAGGUGGGCAGGCUGGAAAAGAAAACCAAGCCUCUAUGGUCUCAAGGACAGGUCCCCAAUUUCCAUCUCCUAUAACAUGGCCUCGGCUAGCUUGUUGUAUCCCACCUCUCAUGAGUUAGUCUUUAGUCCCAUUAUUUCCCAGGGCAUGGCUUUGAACUUCUUGUUCUACAUUCUGAUUUCCUUGCCUUUCUUAGUGGGAUUGGGACUAAACUCACAGGCCUCACUAUCUAAUGGAGUCUGCCUAAGGGGUGGGUGGGCAGGCAAAGGCAUCUCAUGCUCUGAUGGCUUCCCCAAUAGCUUCCUCAUGGCAGCUGAUUCUGUACUGAGACUGGCCUAUCAUUUAAGACACUCCCUAGAAGACACUUCUCAAAAAUCUCCUCUGGCCGUCUGCUUCUGCUCCUUUUUUGUUGUUCACUGCUCAGCUGAGUGGGUGACUCCUCAAAACCUAGUGUCACAUAGCAGUUGUCUAGGAACAGAUAUGUCCUGGGGUCCCAACUGGUCCCUGAUUGGCAAAUGUGUCUCAGUAGACAAUCGAUCUAACCUACCAGGCAUUAUUAUUAUUCCACAGGAAGCUCAGGGACUUUUCAAGUUGCUGAGAGCUUGGGUUGGUGUGCUGUGGUGUGUUGUGUGUGUGUGCGCCAGCUCCUUACUGCCAAAGGCCAAAGCUCAGAUCGUGGAGACUGUGAGCUAAUUCCAUCGGUUUGCACCCUCCUUUGCCACAUGGAGAAAGGCCCAGAUUGUGCAGUUUUAAGAUACCUUGGCCUACUCUCCCAGCACGGAGCCAGGCUUUUGUGUCUGGUGUGCUUUGUGGCAUUCCAGCUGUCCCAUUUCUGAUGGCCUCUCAGGGAACAUAAAACCAUGCCUAGUACCUAGCACAGGAUUUGUCCAGGCUCAGCGGUGUCAGGCAGCCAUGUCCAAGGUUGCGAGGGCCCAGCAUAGUGAUGAUGGGUUUCCUGAGAAAGGGGAAGGGGCCCUGUGUGGAGCUUUGAAUUAGGCCCAUGGUUUGUAUUCUUGUGGUAUAAGUUCCCAGGACUGUCUGGUUUGGAGCAGCUUAUUUGAAAGGGGAGCUAGGGGGGCAGACAGGUGUCCUCUGCCUGAGUCCAUCUUUACCACUGUCUCUCUGAGAUACAGACUAGAGAGAAAGAAAAGGCUGACAGAAGUCAGGGAAGGCUCCUAGUGAGUUUCACAGGAGCUUGAAAAAAAGGCUAAGAAGAACUCAACAAGCCCCUUGGCAUGCUUCUCUAAGGUUUGCAGGGGAGUGUGGGGAACAGUGCCAACUGGGGGGGGGGGGGGAAUUAGGUCUGUUUGAUCCCUGCAUUAGGUUCUGCCACCCAGUGGGUUCAUUCUGUCAUGGUCCGAGAGGCAGACAGGAUUUCUUCUUCUCAAUGGGGCAAGGCCAUUUGACAGACCGCAAAUGCUUUUUCUGCAAACUGGUCACAGAUUUCAACCCUACAGUCUGUCAGCUAUGAUUGUAAUAUUAGACAACAGAUAGUGUGUCUGGGCUGGAGGAACAGCCAUGGCUCUGACCAGACUGGCCCAGUGUUCCUUCUUGUGCACUCAAAUUGUGUAGCCUUUUAUUACCUGGCCUUCACUUGCUCUUACGGCUGGGACAUCUGUUCAGCAAGACAUGCUGCUAGCAUCUAUAAAAGUCAUCUUCCUGUGGUUAUGACCGGGUUUUUAGAGCUGUUAACUCAGAAUCUCAGGCCCAGUCAGAGAAAAGGGAGAGGAAGGGAACUUUAGAGCCAGCUGUACCAAAGAGAAACCAGAGCUCUUCAUUUCAGUGGCAAAUGGUUCUCCCCUAGCUGCAAACCCCAAGGGCCCGAUGGCUGUGCCUGAGCACACCCAGCAGCUCUUGUGCUCCCACGUGCAUGUCAAGAGAGGCAGGUGAGCAUGGGGCACUGAGCAGUCUGCCCGGCAGAAAAGGACCCAGACUCAUCUAGGACACUCACUUCUAUCUUCCCUGAUAGAGUGAGCCAGCCCACUCUAUCAGUGUUUGAGUUCUAUUGGUCUUUGCCUAUUUUUUGGACAAUACACUGGUGAAACUUUGGAGAGUAAGUUGAAGUUGACAAGAUCUAUGCAUAUUUUUGACAAUGUAAAUACAAGAGCCACAUGUUUAUUUACCUUGUACUACUUUCAGAGAGUAAACUUGGGGUAAAGAUUUGAUAGCUAUGAGAGAUAGCUAAGCCUCCCUCCCCACUUCUGAACAAGAAUGUAAAUGUCUAUUUAGUAGAGAUGACUUUUUUAAAAAUGAAGAAAGUAACAAGACAGGCUGGUAACAAACGUAUUUGCCUUGGAGAUAGUGGAUUUACACCUCCCCUGCCAAGUCGCAGUCCUACUGCAGUUCAGGCUGGAGUUGAGAAUGGUCUGUGAUGGUCACGGGGAAAGGUUUGGAGAUACAGUCUAGUCUCCCUACAGGAAAUCACAUCUGAAGACACAAAGAGUCUCCCCAGGGACAGGGACAAGAGGAAAACACGCAUCCCACACUGCCCACCCUGUGCUGCGUGUUUCUCAAGAACAGGGAAUUAAGGACUGCAACUUCUAGGUACAAGGUUAUAGGAGACCGCCAGCCUUCCUCACGAUGACCCUGGAGGGGCUGGGAGAACACAAGGGACAAUAGCAGCCAUAUUUGGGGCUCUGGAAUCAUGUGGUCCGAGGUGUAAAUAAGCAUUCUAGGGGCUUGGGUUUUUGUUUUUGUUUUCCUGUCAGGAAUUAAUUUUGAAAACUCCUUGAGGAAUGUCCAGCAGAAUGAGGCUCAAAGGGACUGCAUAGAUGAAGGCAGAGGGGGAGAAGCCCUGUGUAGAACAGCCUGUGUCACCGUCAGGUGUCUGAUGCUUCCCUCGGUCUGCCGCAAACCCACCACUGGCCAGGAUCACUGUUUUGUGGGGGCCUUUCUGUUUGUGAAUGUCAACCAGCUUGCCCAGGAGAUUGGGGGAGUGUAUGUUGUAGUGGACAGGGGUCUAAAGUACACUGGAAUUUAUUGAGAGAUUAUAGUUAACUAUUGCAUUUUCUUAUAAAGUCUAUUUUGGAAAAUUGUACACUGUCAAUAAAAAUGCUUUUGUGUAA